AUGCUGGAGAGUACCCUGUGUUCCUAUUCGCCUGUUUCAGCUGCGAUGGCAAAUCUGCGGACACAAUUCGCCACCGACAAGACUGCAGUAGAGCGAUUCUUCCGCCUGGAUCAGAAGGGCAAAGUCCAGGCGAAAUACGUCUGGAUUGAUGGCACUGGCGAAAACUUACGCGCGAAAACUCGGACGCUCGACUUCAAACCAAAAAGCCCGGAAGGUUUGAUUGCAUAA